AUGUCAGAGCCCAAGCGCCCACGUCUUGAUUCAUCGCUCAGUGCGCUCUACACUGGCACCUUGGCUUCCGAGGAAAACCCUUGGCCAUUUCCAGAAGAACGAUCUCAGCAACGACGCCGAAGUCGAGCAGAAUCUGGACGCCGCUUCGAAUGCACUCACCCAGGUUGCGGACGAGACUAUUCGCGUGCAGAACAUCUUUACCGCCACCAAUUGAAUCACAACCCUAAGGAGAUUUAUCAUUGCGACUAUCCGGGCUGUACUCGCUCUUUUGCGCUCUCUCAACAGCGAAACGUAGAUAGGCGGUCUCAGUCUCCUGUGUCUUCCUUGAGCGACGAAGGGGCAUCUCCCACCUCGCGCGUCCCUGCAACUACCCACGCAUCUAGUCUCUCACCUGCUCUUGCUCGAACAUCUUUUUCUGGCGACAGUCCACAGAAAGCGAUUAACACCCAAGCAGUCAGAACUCAGCCUCUUUCCAACAAGACUGACGAAAACACGUUUGCAGGACCUCAAAGUCACGCACUGCUACCUCCAGUAGCGAAUCCAGGCAAUACCAGGGAAAACACCGCUUCGACCCAUAUGGCCGAUCCUGCUUGUCAAAAUGCAUCAAUAAACUCCUCCUUUUCAAUCCCCAGGUCUUACAGCUUUGGCGAUCAUGCUUUCGACAACGUUGACCCUGCAAUUCUACGGGAAGGGGAGUCCAGACCUAACCGACUAGCCUCAGACACAAGCAUUCCAGAUGUUCAAGGUGACACGACCGGGACAUACGCGAUGCCAACUCUGGGAGAGCAACAAUUCAAUGACUCUCCAGUAUCUAUCAGGGAUGAAUUCACAGCAUGGCUGUUCGAGGAUGGUCUUGGGCUUCCUUCGGCCCCUUUCUCUAUGGCAGGUCAGGUUGGAAUGGGUUUUGCUAAUACGUCUGAUAUUUUUGCCGCGACGAACUACUCGAACUAUUUCGCCGAGAGUCCAUUCGACACAGCGUUUCCUCCCAUGGUUCAGCAAGGCACAAGUGGAUCACCAUCGAGUGUAUCGGAUAUACCACUGAACAAUAAGUUGCUAUCACCUUCAAAACGCCAAUUGCUCAUGGCGCUGAUUCAGACACGCUUCAACGAGGGGGACAAUGCUUCACUGGGACAAUUGCGAGAAGAAAUCUUCCGCGGAAAUAUGGAGUCCGAGGACCACGUACUGAGCUUGCGAUCCAUGCAACAAUACAUUGGCUCUUACUGGUACCAUUUUAAUGCUCAAAUGCCAAUAAUGCACCAGCCAACUUUUUCAGCUGACGAAAGCAACGAAUAUUUACUGCUGGCAAUGAUGGUCGUUGGAGCCGCUUACCUUACCAAGGCCCAUGGGAGAGCAAUGACUGACAGCGCCGCAAGGUUUGCUACGUUCAUUGCCUGGCAUCUUCGUUGGCACGUCUUCAUGCAUAACGAUUUUCAACCACCGACGAAGUUGUGGGUCUUACAAACUCUCCUUCUUUUAGAGGUGUACGAAAAGAUGAACUCGACGAGACUAUUACAUGAACGAGCGCACAUCCAUCAUGCCACUACGAUCAACUUGAUGCGACGUGGGACUGCAUUGAUCGAGACACAAAAGGACUCCAGGCGUGAGCCGCUGACGCGAGAGGAAUGGUGGAAUUGCUGGAUUACAGCUGAAGCUACUCGACGAGCGGUAUUCGCGGCAUUCUACCUCGAUGCCGUCAACGCCGUCAUGUUUGGCCAUGCAGCCAUGAUGGUGGUUCAUGAGAUUCGUUUGCCACUGCCGUGUGACGAUGCAUUAUGGUCAGCCACGUCUGCAGCUGAAGUUGGCCGGGUGGAAGCUAGCUUACAUGCCAAUGCGAUCAAGCCGAUAUCGUUCUUGGAUGGCCUCAAGAAAACCCUGACCGGUCGCAAAGUCCGCACUAAUACCUUUGGACGGAUGAUUUUGAUGGCGGGACUUCUUUCUGUGUCCUGGCACAUGCAUCAACGAGACCUCCAAGUGUCCAGCCUAGGGGUAUCAUCGACUCUAGGUGUCCCGGACGGCUGGCGCAACCCUUUAUCAAAAGCGUUUGAUUUUUGGAAAAAGGACUUUGACGAGAACAUGGACCACAUGCGCCGAGCAGCUCUACCAUGGCAAAAAAACGAUUCCGGAUCGACUGACGAAGUCAUGGCAAACACGGCGACAGUCAUGUAUCAUCUGAGCCAUAUGGCAACGCAUAUUGACCCCUGGGACUGUCAGAUAUUCGCCGGCAUCAAACGAUUAUUUGGGAGAAAGAUCACCAAACCCGAUUACGAGCGUGUCAAAGCGAAGGUCUUUGACUGGUCCAAAAGUUCAGGUGCUACGACUGCUGUCUAUCAUGCGUUACAGCUACUCAAAUCGGUCUUGUUGCCACGUCAAGGCCAAAGUCGGCUUUACCAGGCUCGAGACGACUAUUUGCUGGUGAGACCUUGGGCCAUAUACUAUGCCGCACUCGUGGUUUGGGCUUAUGGAUUCGCGCUGGACGGCGUUCUUCGCCCGUUUCCAGACAACCUUCAGCCAAUAUCAUCUCCAGGGCCAUUCUCAAUACGAAGUCACGGCUCUAGUCAGUCCAUUGUCCACCAGCCACACGACGGCACCGAGUCGUACCUUGACGCGGCAACCAGAGACGCACAGAGCUUUCUCCAGAGCAUUGGUGCUGUCAAGUCUCCGCAACAACUGGAAACGAUUCGGGAUGGUAGGAACAAUGUUGUUGGUCUGCUGGGUGUCCUUGAGAUUUCAUUUCGAGAUUGCAGGUGGGAACUUUUGCACGAGGCGGCAGAACUCCUACGGAAUGCCAUCAUGCUCCUGAGGGGAGCCAAUCGUGGUUGA